AUGAACAAAGCUCUACUCGCUAUAGUCCUCAUCUCAUGCAUCUUCAUGCAACAAUACUCUUGCGCCUAACCAUCCAUCCUCAAGGCAUUCAACCAACUUGAUGCACAAGUUAAAGUUGAUCCAUUUGUAAACGCAGACCAAACUACUGUAUUAUAUCUUAAAAUGUUUCUAACAAAAUCUGAACUAGCAAUUGAAGAAAUGCCAGAAGAGGAAACAGAUAUUCGGCCGAGCCGGGAUUUGAACCCGGGACCUCUCGCACCCAAAGCGAGAAUCAUAGCUACUAGACCACACGGCCAUUUCAAAGGUAUACUGAUAAAUCCGGUACUUAUAUCUGGAGAUAAGAUUAACAUAGGUCCUUUGAAUAUUAUAGAGAAUAUUCAUUAGCAAAUGAGUUAAGAUUCUGUUUUAAAGACCACUAUUGAGUCUCAGCAGGUCAAGAAGGUAUAAAGUGACAAUGUGCCUAUCUCUCUCAAUAAUUCCGCCCUAAAUGAAAGUCUGGGAGCAAUGAGCAUGAAUGACCUAGAAUAAAGGGAUCAAUCUAUAUUUCCUACAGCAGAGUACUACCAAAAUUUAAGAAAAACAAGUCAAGCUGAGUCUGAACUAGCAAUUGAAGAAAUGCCAGAAGAGGAAACAGAUAUUCGUAGAAAGAUCAAUCAAAAAUUAAUUAGAAAUAAAAACUACUUCAUGAAUUUUAUCGGAGAGGGAAACGGGACUUAAAAUUCUCACUCUAACCAUAUUUUCAGCAAAGAUGACUACUCUUAAACUGCAAAUAAAAUGAUUUAGCUUUACGACAAGAGAAGUAGAUCAGAGACGCCAGAUAAAAUGUCUGCUACUGAAGUGCUACUGAGAGCUCACAAGAAACUAGCAGCUUAAGCAGAAAAAAGGAAGUAAUCACCUCACAAGAUACUUGAAAAGCAUUAAUAGAGACAAAAAAAAGCAGAAGAGUUGAGAUCACUGAUAGAAUAAUCGAAGAAAAAUUGGUACGAAAAGAUCAGGAUUCGUCAGUAGAUAGCUCGCAAAAAAUGGCAAGAACUAUUGGCUGAGAGAAAAGCCAAACUAUAAGAUAAACUUGAGUAGGCCGAGGAAAGACGCGAAAGUGAAUUAUAAUCACUGAUCAACAAAGCUAAGUAGGAGAUUUAGAAAAUAGAUGAAACUAAUUAUAUAGUCAAGAUGACUAUGAACAACAUGAAGUUAGAUUUAAAUUUGAAAAUGAAUGAGACAUAAGAGAGGAGAAACCAAUAUAUGGAGGAGUAAAUUAAGAGAAAGCAAGCUGAUCGUGCAUUAAAGGAGGAAGCAGCAGAAAAACGUAGAUAAGAACUACAGAAGUCAACAGAGAAUAAGUUCCUUACUAAUAAGCAGAAAAGAGAGUAGGCUGAUUUGAGAAGGAACAUGAUGAUAGAAUAGAAAAAGAGAGCUGCUUAGGAGAAGCAAAAAAGGAUUUUAGUUUUAUAAAGGAAAAAUGACUUGGGAGAUAAACUCAGUGAUGUUAUGAGUUUCGUAAAUAACAGCGAAUGCAUUUGGGAGUUCCUUGGCAAUGAGAGAGAUUGGUAGGAUCUUGGUGAUUACUACAGUACUCGUGACGAGGAUUUUAUAUUUGAAUUGAUUCAAAAAGACCACUUCGAAAUUUAAAAAUUAAAACUUAAAAAAGACGCUGAAAUUUUGAAUAAAAUUAUAGUUAUUAAUGAUAAAGGAGAGAUCUAUUCUAAUAAAGAAUACAUAGCUUUAGCAAAAAAGAAUAUUCAGAGAUAAGGAAAAUCAGAAUUCGAUUUAUCUGAUGAGGAAAGCAUGUAGGAUGACUCUUAAUCUGAAGCUAGUGAGGAUAAAGCAUCCAUACCCGAAGAAGCUCUCAGAGACGAAGAUUGUGUAAAAGAUGAUGAAGAUAUAAAGGAUUAAGAUGUUCUGAUGAAUAACAACCAAAGUGAAAUCUUCAAUAAUGAGCUGUAAACAUAUCAUAUGCAUACACUAAGACUUAAGAUGUCAAUGAAGAGAAAUGUAUUAAAGAAAAAUUUAUCUGAAGACUUAACAUGGGCUGAUUUUCUAAAGAAUGAAAGCUAUACUUACCAAUAAAAUCCCUAUCCUUAGAUAAAAUUAGGCUAAACUAGAAGCAUGAGAUCCACUCCAGAGAGAAGAUAGGAAAUACCCUCGGAGUCUGAGAAUAAUUAAACUAUAAGCUCUGGCAACUAAACCUAAGAAGCUGAGAUCAUUCAAAAUUAAAACUCUAAGAAAAAGAAAAAACAUUAAUAGCAAAAUUAAACUUUGAAUAACUAGCAAAAUACUCAGAACACCUCAAGUGGAAGCAAUUUAUCAGAAAAAUCGAGGAUAUCAUCAGUCGUAUAUCCAAGUAAGAAUAAAAAGAAUCCUAAGAAUCAAUCUGGAACUAGCAUCAAUAAUCCUAAUUAAGAGCAAAUCAAAGCAUUAAUGAACAUGAAGAGAUCCUCAGGUAGCAACCAAAGCUCAACUCAAUCAUUAUCUAUAAAUACAGGUGAUAACUCCUUGAAUUUAGGGAAGAAGAUUCCAUCUCUAGACACUGAAUCAGCAAGAAAAAGGUCAAGUAGAAUGCAUUCUUCUUCCGUUUAAGAGUCUUCAGGGACUAACAUACAAAAUCUCAAUCAAAAUAACAAUGCAAAUCAAUCAAUGAUGGAGGAGAAUAAUACUGCUUAUGAAAAGAUUGCAGAGUAUCAAUAUAUGACUCAUACUGGUUCAUAGAUGUCUUCACUUAUUACUAAUCCCAAGCCUGUUCCACCGUAGAGCAAAGUAUUGCCAAAGAAACUUACUUUAAACGCAAAUAAAAUGCUAUUCCCCAUAAACCCUUAGAAACUAUUGAUAAAGCGACCUGGGAAAGAAGGACAAUUUGGCAAAUUCAAGAUAAUUGUUAAGAUGGAGGAUCUCAGUACAUCUAAAACUUUAAUAAAUACAUCAAUAAACAUGAGCAGCUCUCAUAUUCUGACAGAAUCAUCAGUGGAUGAAAAACUUCCGCUGUAAAAGUCAUUUAUUUAGACUUUAGCUGCAUAACCAUUAGAAUCUGAAAUUAAGAAGGACUCUCCAUUAGGUAAAAAAAGCUUAUAGAAUACUCCCUCUGAUAAUAAGAGAAAAGAAAGCUUAGAUGAAAGUAAUUAGUUGCAAAUAAACACCAGUUCUCUAAAUAAUUCUGUGUCUAUGGAACAAACUUCUGCUACAGGCACACCAUAAACUUCUAGGCUACUUUAAAUCCAAUAAAAGUUUUGGGAAAAAUACUAGAACUAAAAUUAAACUUUAGAAGAAUAAGCAAGCACAUCUAAUCUGAGCAAAAAGUAUUAGGCAGUAAUAUAAUAGCAACAGUUGAAUAGCACAAUCUAAAGUGACUCUAGUUAGUCUCCACCGAAAAGAGAGAAGAUGCAAAUUUCUACUUCGAUUGAAUCAGAUUAGUAAUCAAAUUCUACAAAUACCACAAGUAUACUUUAACUCAAUUAUAUGUCCAAUCCUAGUCCUAAUGAGAUUGGAAAUGUACAAAUGAAUGAACAAGGCUAUAAAGAACUGAUGAUAAAAUAUAUAUUGACAGAUAACAUUCACUUGCUAAAGACAGAAGAUAAUUAGAAGACUGUGGCAGUUGAAGGCUAAGAUGCAGAUAAGGUUAUUGAUUACCUUGAGAUUAAUGAGCUUAAUAUUAAGUACUGUAGAUUAUGUGACUUAAUUAUUCCAGAUCACAUGUCUAUUGAAGCUCAUACUCAACUUAAGUCUCAUAAGAAAACAAGAGACGAACUUGGUAUCAAAGAAGUUGAAGAUUUGUAAUUUUCUAUCAUAAGUAUGAAUUCCCAGCCAGGGGAUAUAGAGAAAGAGCUCCUCAAAGAAAAAGAAAAAGCUCUGAAGAGAAAGGUUAAGAGAAUAAAGACCUAGAUGAUUUCAUAAGCGGUGAGUCAUGAAUCUGCUGCCUACAACCCAGGAAAAGAAUACAAUUCCCCAAAUAAGAAAAGACUUCAGAUAUUAUGCAUAGACCUCGAAAAAUAAGUCAUUCCAAUUAUUAAUAACUAUGAAGCCUUGGAAAAUACAUUGAAAGAAAUCAUUAAGAUCUUAGAUCUAAGGAAAUAGCCAGACCUCCACCUGAUGAGAAAGCUAAAGUAUAUACCUAUUCUAAUUGAAAUAUGCAAAAGGAUAUCUGUUUGCCACAAGAAUGAAUUUAAGUAUCUGGGCAAGAUGCUGGACUAUGUAAUCAAAAUCAUCAACAUUUUCUGUGGCUUAAGAGAAAACAGAAACUAUAUGCUUCAAACUAAUAGGAUGCUUGCUUUAAUAGAGCUUCUAAAUUGGUGUCUCAACAGACCUACUCAGUUAUUCUACGGGAUCAUAUUCAUGCCAACUCUGUUUCACAUUCUAACUUUGCAUGUCAAACAUAGAGCCCCUUAUGAAUGCUAAUAAAUGAAAGAGAUGUUUGUUGAGUAUUUGAUCUGUUCACAGAUAACUAUUAAGAUAAAAUCAAAGUUCUAAAUUAUCAAUGGACCUUUAGACCUUAGUGAAAUGAUGGGGCAAGUGCCACUAUUUCUGCUUAAAAGCGCAGCAUUUAUUGAAUCACUUACCAAUAUUUUGCAAAUUGAUGCAAUUAAUAGGCCAGUCUAUGAAAAGAGUACUAAAAUAGGGGAACACAUAAUCUUUGUGAUCCAGAACACUGAGCUCUUUGGCAUUAUUCCUAUGAUAACGACGAUAUUACUCUCAAGAAACUAGCCUUUCAAGCCAUCUUAAAAUUAUCAACAAAUAGUUUCAACUUCUAAUAAGAUCUUACCUCAAACAAUCCUUAGUCUUGCUAUUACUUCAGUGAAAAUUCUAAAUAACGUAUUGAGAAUGGAUUAUAAGGCAGCUCAGCAAAUGAUGAGUGAUUUUGAAAUCCAGGAACAGCUAUAUCACCUAUUCAACUACUUGCUAUACUAUACAAUAGAGACUAUUGAUUAAUAAGAAGAUAGCAAAGAACUCCUACAUGAGACUCUGCUUUUGAUAGGCUACUUUACUUUGAAUCACGAAAAGCAUCAAUAGAUACUUUGCAAAGGGGAAAACACUUUAAUUUAAAAAUUAUGCAAUCUUCCAUUCACAUACUUCUGUGACAAGAAAUUGAAAGAGAUACUAUUUCCAACACUGAUAUAAGUAAGCUAUAAGAAUGAUAGAUGUUUAGCCAUUAUGGAUCAAGAAAUUGCCAUCAAAAUGCUGGUAGAUUUCAUUAAUAUGAAUCUAAAAGAAGAGCUACCUAAGAUAGAGGAGGAAAUAAAUGACUAUCAUAGUAUUAGUAGUCUAGGUGGUCAUUAAAUCAACGGUGGACUAGUAGAUAGAAGAACCAGAAGUCCAUCGCAGUCUAGCACGAGCAGUCAAUGUUCAAUGCAAAUUGAUAUAAUCAAUGGAAACUGUCCAUACUUACCUCUCUAUAUGAGAUUCCCAAAGAAACUUUGGAAAGAUGCAAUAUAAUUUUACUCUUAGGUAUUAUGA